CUCUCUCUCUCUCUCUCUCCCAUUCGUGUCUAUCCCUCAUGUGUUUCAAAACUUGAGCUUUGAUGAGUGUUAAUACUUGGGUAGGCAUGAUUUUGAUGAUUAUUCGGAGUCUUGACAAAAUGUUUGGCGAGUUGUAGAAUUUGGAAGGGUGGAAACCAUGCAUGUAUUUUGGGAAUUGUGAGAAGGCAUUGAUGUUUCUUUGAAUGCCUAUUCCAAGUCUAAGACAAAAUUUUGGAUGAAUUGUGAAAGUCUGACAAAAACCUGAAAACCCUUUUUUUACAUGUCACGAUUUCUAUCGAUUUGUGUUGGGGGUUUGGGUGUUUGAAUGAUGGGAGCCGAAUGGGUAAACCUCUCAUAAGUCUAUGACCUUUAAAUUUCUUCGAAGGAUUGAUUAAGCUGUGAUUUGUAGAGCUGGAGUUGGAACCCGAAAGGUUUUCAAAGAUUUGGUCUUGGGGUUUUGAAGGGUUGCAAAUAUGAAGAAAUUGGGGAUUGCUGAAAAUGAAGAUGUAAAUGAGGAGGUUUAUAUGCAUGUAAGGAAUAAGGAAAAGGAGAAGGAGCGAAAGAAGAAGAAGAAGGCAAAAUUGGAAGUUAAUGAUGGCAAGAGCGAGAAGGAAUUUGAGAAGGCUAGGGAGAAGGAUAAUAGAAUUAAUGAUGAUGAGGAAGUUGGUGAACUUAGAGAGGUUUCGAAGGAAACCAACACGAUAGGAGAAGAGAACAUGAACCUAAGAAUGAAUGAGAAGAAGGAUUCUGAGUUGGGAAUAAGAAGAGAGAAGAAAAAGAAGCACAAAGAGGAAAAGAGGGUGGCUUCCUAUAUGAAUGAACUCCUUGAGGAUAACAAUAUGGAAGAGCUAGUUAAGGGACAAGCUUGCUCUGAGGAAAGAGAGAAUGAUGAAAGGAAAGACGGGAAAGAAGAGAAAAAGAAGGAGAAGAAGAAAAGGAAGAGGGACAUGAAGAGUUGUGAUGUUCUAGUGAACAACGACAUGACUAGUGGAGAUGUUGGAAAAGAAAGGGAGCUCUCAGAUGGGAAAAACUUGGAAAAGGUCAAGCCUUUAAAAAAGAGAAGGAAAGAGAAUAAAAAUCAUAAUGAUGAUCUGGGAACUGGACUACGGGGGACCAUCACUGAAAAACCAAGUAAUGAAAGCAAGGGAGUUGAAGAUAAUGGAGUUAAUGCACGUUCAUCUAGGAAUGAGAUGGGGGAGAGAAUUGUACAUGCCAUUAGUGCAGAAGAUGGAGACAAGGAUGUGAAGCAUAAGAAGAACAAGAAGAACAAGAAGGAGAAGAAGAGGAAGGCCAAGUCAGAUAAACAUGUUUUCGAACAAAGUGAUGAUAAAGGGGUGGCAAGAACCAAAAAAGACGUUGGGAACAUUUGUGAAAAUUCUACACCUGGAGGCAUGUCUAAGAGAGUAAGAUUCUCGGAUCAGUUGGAGGUUUUUACUUUAUCUGAUGGUCCAAUUGAUGCGAAGAAUGAUCACAAUGACGGAUUAGUACGGGGUAAGAGGUUUUCAAAAGAAGAAGAUGAGAUGGUUAAGAAGGCUGUUUUCAACUACAUAGCAGUACAAGGCUUAGGUGAUGAAGGCCUAAAUAUGGUUCUCCACUGUAGAUCUCAUCCUGAAAUAAAAAAUUGUUGGAAGGAAAUAGGAGCAGCCUUACCUUGGAGGCCUUCCGAGAGCGUAUAUCAUCGAGCCCAUGUUUUGUUCGAAAGGGGUGAGAAGCGUAAAUGGACCCCUGAAGAGUAUGAACUUAUCCGAAGUUACCAUGAAAAACAUGGAUCAGAUUGGAAAAAGUUGGCUGAUAAACUUGGCAAACAUAGGUUUCAUGUAAAGGAUACAUGGCGUAGAAUAAGAUUGCCAAAUAUGAAGAAAGGACGUUGGGCACAAGAGGAGUAUCAAUCCUUAUUUGACUUGGUGAACAUGGAUCUGCGCAUGAAGGCCUUGGAAGAAAAGAAAGAAAAGAAUUCGAAGCACGGUAUGUUGCGAGAUGAUCUCUCUUGGGAAGCCAUUAGUAACAAGUUAGGAACCAGAAGCGGUGUUCUUUGCUGCCAGAAAUGGUAUGACCAAUUAACAUCACCUCUGGUGCGUGAAGGUGUAUGGGCCAACACUGAUGACUAUCACCUGAUAGAUGCUCUUUACAGCUUGGAUGCUUGCUGCAUACAAGAUGUGGACUGGGAUAAUCUGCUUGAGGAUAGGUCUGGAGAUGUAUGUCGAGAGCGAUGGGACCAGAUGGUCAAACACAUUGGUGAGCAUGCCAACAAGUCAUUUGCUGAACAAGUUGAAAUCCUCUCAAAUCGGUAUUGCACAGACGUACUAGAAGCAAGAGAGAAGUGUGGCAGCAAGCCUGCAGUUUAGUGAGGGCAAUAUCCCUAUGAGGUGUUUGAGUGCUGCUUGAGCUACUGCUGCUGAAUCCCAUGGAUCAAAGUGGCAUCCUGGGUGCGAGAUUACUCUGAUAAGCAGUCUUGAGUUUUUUGUGCCACUGGUUGAUAUAGAUUUGUUUGCACUUCUUCUCUUUGUAUCUGUCUUUUUUAUGUUUCUGUUUUUUUUUUUUUUUUUUUUUUUUUUUUUUUUUUUUUUUUU